UAAUGGCAACUCUGCUUGUAGACACCUUCGAAACACACAUACAAUUGUACUAUAAUCGUACUCUGGGAAUGAGUUAUAAACUACAGAAAAAACAUCAAGUCGAUUCCGAGCGAAAAGCGAACGUUUAUUAUUAAUUAAUUAAAACCACACGAAGCCAAAUGGAAUUUAGCCUUACACCAAAUAGGAUACUUAAGGAGGAAGAACUAGAAAACAGUUCUGUAGCCUUUUUUUCGUCAUCCGAUCCAACAAUCGAUAUCCCAAUAAAACUCGAGUAUCAGAUUUGCGAAGAGGAAUUCACACAGAAAAGUGAUCUUCAUGAAGACGUCUCUGUACCUAAAGAGGAACAGGUUUAUAGUUGCGAAAUUUGUGGGAGACAAUUUUCAAGGAAGAAAGCCCUGAGAAAUCAUAUGAUCGUUCAUACUGGAGACAAAACAAUUAAGUGUAAUGUGUGUGGCGAAGGAUUCCGAAAAUAUCAGCGAUUAAAGGACCACAUAAAUAUUCACACUGGAGAGCGUCCGUACAAUUGCACUGCAUGCGAAAAAAAAUUCUCGUCUAAAGCGGUACUUGUUCAACACAUGCUCAUUCACACAAGCCAGCGUUCGUACAAAUGCAGUGUUUGCGGAAAAGAAUUUGCCAUUAAGGGUUACUUAUCUAAACACAUGUCCAUUCACCAAAGCGAGUACAAAUAUAAGUGCUACGUGUGUGGCAAAACCUUUUAUCAUAGUGCUAACUUGGCAAGACACAAUAGCGUUCAUACGAACGAGAAAUUUAAAUGCACAAUAUGCGAGAAAGACUAUUCCAAUAAGUAUUCUUUUAGCAUACACAUGAAAAAUCAUGUGGAUGAUUACGAGCAUAAGUGUGAUGUAUGCGGCAAAGGAUUCUUAAGCAAAUUACUGUUGAAAGACCAUGAACACAGUCAUACAGGCGAGCGACCGUACAAAUGCGCCGUAUGUGGAAGAGAUUUCGUCGUUAUGGCUUACCUAACUAAACACAUGCGCACUCACACGGAUGAUUAUAAGCAUAAGUGUGAUGUGUGUGGCAAAGGAUUCCAAACCAGAUCACUCUUGAAAGACCAUGAAAACACACAUACAGGCGAGCGACCAUACAAAUGUACCGUAUGCGGAAAAGAUUAUCAAGGUAAACAAAAUCUUUCUCAACACAUGCACCAUCACACAAGCGAGCGACCUUACAAAUGCGCCGUAUGUGGAAAAGAUUUCGUUGUUCAGUCUUUCCUAACCAGACAUAUGUCUAUUCAUGAAAACAUUCAUACAGGAGAGCGACCGUACAAAUGCACUGUAUGUGGUAAAGCUUACACGGCUAACUCUACCCUAAUCAGACACAGUUUUAUUCACGAAAGAGAUUACAGACACAAGUGUGAUGUGUGUGGUAAAGGCAUGAAUGAUACUUCAAGCUUCGCGAGACACCAACUCAUACAUACGAAGGAGAAAUAUACAUGCGACAUAUGCGAGAAAGAUUAUUCCAAUAAGUUUUAUUUCCGCAUACACAUGAAAGUUCAUACGAAUGGUUACGAGCAUAAGUGUGAUGUGUGCGGCAAAGGAUUCAUGACCAGAUUACUCUUGAAAGGUCAUGAAAACAGCCAUACAGGAGAGCGACCGUACAAAUGCACUGUAUGUGGCAAAGAUUUCUCGACUAAGUCUUAUCUAUCCAAACACAGAUCUAUUCAUGAAAGUGAAUACAGGUGUUAAGUGUAUGGUAAAGGCAUGAAUGAUAGUUCAAGCUUCGUGAGACACAAACGCCUUCAUACGGACGAGAAGUAUAAAUGCAACAUAUGCGGAAACGAUUCUACUACUAAGAAUUACCUAAAUAAGCACGGCAUCAGUGUGAUAUAUAGGGCCAAGGAUUCAAGGCCAGCUUACUUCUGAAAGACCACGGAAGUCAUGGUAUCAUGAAACUUUACUGUCAGACUGAGAGUUGUAUAAGAGAAUCGUCAUCAUUUUAUAGUAGAAAUUUCAUUUGAUUAGAGAAUACAGUUAAAUACAGAUUUUUUAUACAAAGCAAUACAGAUUUUCUAUAAAAAUAUCUGGCAUCUCUGAUCUCAAACCGGUUCCUAUCAUAAAAAUUUCUCGGCUAAUCGUGAAAUAAUUUUUUUAUUUGGUUAGUUUAUUUAGCCCCAGCUUUAACCAAGAGGCCGAGGGGUGACGGCUGAAUUACAUUUCACUUUGAAAAUCUAGUUUGAUAGUUGAUUUUUUAUGAUACAAGUGGUAUGUUUUUAAUUUGUCUCUUGAGGAGAAUUCGUUCGUUGGUUAGAUCAAAUGGGCUUCGGGGCCUUCAAAGCUAGCAAGUCAGUAAAAGCAAAGUAAACAAAAUGAAGUAAAAUACAAAACAUCAUCGAUUGUGAAAGUCAGUAUUACAAUUUGACACCGCACAUUUCAUA